AUGCAAUCAGGGACGUUUGGGGAGGAGGCGAUGGGGCGACUCCGGGAGGCCGUGGAGGGGCUGGAGGUCGGGGUGCUGGUGAACAACGCCGGCUUGGCAACGCCGCACGCGGCAUACCUGCACGAGGUCGACGUGGAGGCAUGGGUCAAGAUGAUACGGGUGAACCUGUGGGCCGUGACUGAGGUGACGGCGGCCGUGUUGCCCGGGAUGGUGGAGCGAGGGAGGGGCGCCGUCACCAACAUCGGCUCUGGCUCCACGGAGGCGCUACCCUCCUACCCCCUCUACUCCGUCUACGCCGCCACCAAGCGGUACGUUGCUCAGUUCUCCAGGAGCCUAUACAUUGAGUAUAGGGGCAAAGGAAUGGAUGUCCAAUGUCAGGUUGUGCUGCUUUCACUAAAGCGGCUGAUCUACAGGAACAGAGUGUCAACAAGGAGGGGCCCAGUGAUCAGCCGAGCAAGGGUUGCAUGGGUGGCCAUCCGGACGCUGGUAGCGUGUGUUAGACGGCGUGUGUGA